CAUACUGGGAGAUUUAAAAGUGUCCCGUGAUUGCGCACUUUUCGACUGGUUCGUAGCUGUUUUGUAUUUCUUCACUUUCCUCAUCCAACUUAACAAAUGUUUAACUGAAUAAUCCUUGAAUAAAUGUAUAUCCUCAAGCCACACUGCUUUCAGAACGUGAUAAAAAUCUUUCUAGCAUGGCGCAUCUUUUGACCGCAGACAAAUUGGCUGAGAUCAAAAAUUAUGAGGAGCAAAUGUUUGAUUACUUUUCCCACUACUCAGCGAAGCUUCGCGAGUGGUACGCAAAUGGUGGUGACAAGUCCGAAGAUUACAAGGCUCAGUAUGACAAACUUACGGAGGAGUACUACAGAUACCUUAAGUAUAUCCAACGUUUAAGAAGCAUGACAACAGUGGGAUAUGACGUCUCCCAUCAAGUUUCAGUCGAAGCUAGCACCCUUCAAAACAUCCAACGUCAAACUACUGAUAGUGUUCCAAACUCAAACACAACCUAUUCGGCAUCUGCUGCUGCCGACUACACUCGUUACUAUCAGAAUAUGAUUAGUUAUUUUGGAAAACUUUUGGAGUCUGUUCAGCAAAAUGAUCCUGAGUUCAAUGAGAGCUCCGAUGAGGAGAAUAAAGACAAAGAGAAAAUAAAACCAGAUGGGACUGUGGAUCUCGAUAAUGCAGUUUCAGAAGAAAAGAAGGCCCUCCCGGAAAACUCAGAGGUGCUGGAUCCUUGUUCUGACCCGAACGCCGUAAUGAAGGAAUAUUUUGACCGUUAUGUUAAAGCUGGAGAUUGGGAUUGGGCGUCUUGGAAUAAUUACCUUAGUUGGAUCGCUCGUACCAAUCCUCAGUGGUAUGAAAUAUUUGUGAAUUUAAGCCGAGGACUCGGCAUAGAUUGGGAUGACAUGUAUAAAAAAUGGGUCAGUUCGGUGUCAGGGGAUUCCAGUUGCAAUAAAAAUGCACCUACGUCUUAUUGUGAGUUAAAAUUAUUGUACUUAUGGUUUCUAUCUUUAAGGGAGUGACUAUCAUCUAAAUGUGGUUUGAGUACUCAAAUUGUUAUAUUGAUCUCAAAGGUACAUUUUAUAUGAGUAACCUGAGAAUUUAGUCCACCAAUAUGGAAAUUCGCCGACAUGAUUUUUUUGUGCUGCUUUACGAUUACCACAGGAUACUGUCUCAAGAAACAGGUUUUAACAUCUGAGACAUACGUUAUGUAUGCUUCUCCUUUACGAAGGUAUCCAAAUGUCACUAGAAUCAGCUGCAGAUGAUCAACAGUCAGUAUUUUUGGCUGUUGUUGAGAUGGGUUUUUAAAAAUAAAUAUUCAGUGUCCGAAAUGCCCGAGUUCCAGGUCUUUGGUUGAGUCACCAUACUGUUGUAUGAAAUGUUGUUUACCUUAUUAAUUUGUUCAUUAAAGGCAAUAUUGUCUUGAAUCCUUACUGUUUAUUUACUAAAGACUGAUGCUCCCCUACCAAAAUAAGUUAAUCCAUAUCGAACACAGUUUAUAGUGAUUUCCUUACACCAAGUACAAUCCAUCUAGAUAUCACUGACCUAAUACUGGCAGUAUAAUAAACUGAGUUAUUCUACUAAAGAUCUGUUAUCCCAGGUUUCCUACUGACAGUUUCUACCAACUUGCUUCUCGUACUUAAGUGUUCUUUACGUAAACAUUUUGCUCAUUUGUAAUACCAUUUCAAAUAAAAUGAUAACUGAUCAAUACUUGUUUUUACUAGUUUUCAACCGCUGAUGUUCUGUGUCUAAUCAUUUGAGCCAUUUUUUAUGGAUUAAAAAGUAUAUUUCGUAUAUCCACAAACCCUUAAAAUUUACAUUAAUCGUUCUUGUGUCUCAUAUGUAACUUGAAGCUUAUGAAACGAUAGAACUUUGUAGCUCAGGGAUAGAAUUCGCAAACUGUUGUGUUUUCUAAGCUAGAUGGUUUAAUCGUUUGAAAUCCAGAAUGCCCCACAAUUUUUCUUGUCAUUCUUUCACCUGACUGUAUUAUGCUGCUAUAAGUUGUUUGAAAGAUCUCCCAUUUAACGAAUUCGUAGUAGAUAUCCAAAUGGGCUGCUUAACAUUAUACUCUUCGAUCAGUCAGUGUUAACCUUUAGCCAGUAUCGAACUUUGAGAUGAUAUAUCGAUUAGUGAUCAAAAAAACCAAACCAUCCAAUUUCUAGCUUAAAUACAUCAGUUACUUUUAUUUGUUUAUUAUAACCAUGAUGCCAUUUGUCGCAAAGUUACGUAAAUUAUUGCUCAAGUUUCUUAUAACCCAACUCAAGGCUUUUGUUUUAUCAUUUUCUCUCGGAAAUUUUAAGUGACUUUGCUUUUAAUUCAUUUUAGAUUCAGGUGACCAGAACUUUUCCCUUGCAAACUACCUUGGAUUAGGGUCCACUAAUAUACCAACUGUUUGUAAACAAAAUGUUGGAAAUGAUGACAAUGAUGACAGUGAAGGCUCGCAGCACUAUUGUGCAACUUGCAAACAAGAUUUUGGUACCGAGCGUGCGUUCAUGUUACACAUACGUGGUCUGACACAUACUCAAAGGACUCUUCAGUCUAGUGGAAUAAAUUCAUUUGACUCCAGUGUUUUAGAGGAGAACUGGGAAGUAAAACAUCACGAAUGGUUGAAAUCUCAGUAUUUAAAUGAACUUAAUUCUAUUGUUGGAUUAUCUGGAUCAUUUUACUGUGAGUUGUGUGAAGUGGAAUUCCCAUCUCACAAAGCUCUUGGUUCACAUCUUAAUGGACGUCGGCAUCGAGAAAAUGUUUUUAUUUUUGAGUCAACUGGAGAUCGUUCUUUGUUGAAGGGUAAACGUCAGGCUCAAGUAAAAGUUACUGCCAAGAUACAACCAUUUCUUGAUGUGUGUACUCAACCUCUAAUAGGACUCAAUUAUAUGAUCGAGUAUCAGUUACGGGAACUGGAUGAAUGUCUGUAUAUUUGUAGUCUCUGCAAUCAGUGGUUACCAAAAAAGUCAGUGAUAAAUCACCUGUGUAGUAUUAUCCAUCGGAAAACAUAUCUUAACACAUAUUACUUACCUCUGUUCAGAAUUAUUGACCGGGAUUAUAGUGAUAAAUCACUUCAAGCUUGUCGACUGGAGGUUUAUGCUCGUAAGAUAGAAGAUUUUGAAGGAAGGAAACGUCUUAUUAUCAAAGAACAUUCUGUAGCAGAUCUUGAUCUGCAAAGCGAAAUUAUACGUCUUAUUCAAGAACACAAUGAAGCACGUCUUUUAAAAGAGAAGUGUCAAAAUUCGCCUCCGCGUACUUGUGAGCACUCCGCUUCUAAUACUCCCGUUUCGGGAGACCUUGAAGAAGGAGAAAUAAGAGAAGAUUCUUCUGAUGAAGAAACAAAUACUGCAGAAGUGAGCUCUCCAGAUUCUGAUUCAAGUUUUUAUGCACGUUACAAUGUUAUCAUGAGAUCAAUCGAUAAAAAAAGAAACAGUGUUACCGAUGUUGACACAAGCAAUUCAAACAGAAAGUCUCAAUUUCUUAUGGAUACUAUUAUAUCAGAAAACAAGGAUAUACAACUGAACGGAGAAUUUGUAGAGGAUAUAACAAUCACAGAUGAGGAUUGUGAAAAAUAUAUUCAAGAGCUAGAACAUGAAGGCUUACUGCAAUUAAAAGCAUCUAAUUCAAGCGGUAAAUUACGACGAGACUCUUCUUACACUGACCAGUUCACAAAGGAAGCUGAUUGGGUUUUAGAAAAGUUAAAAACUUUGAAGAGUAGACAUGAAGAAAACCUUCGACAAACAGCAGCAGAUGUAUCCGCUACAGCAAGAAUUCAGGCUAACAAAUUAUCAAAUACUGAAAAUUCUCCAGUUCAACAUUGCUUUUUUAUACAUGAUUUGUCUUACAAUCAUUAUUAUAAAUCAAGAAGAUUUGAAAAAGGCUUAAUUCUCCCACCCCUUGGAACUCCAGUAGGCCCUUCAGUUCCUAUGUACAAGAAUUACAACUACCCCAUUCCUCCUAACACUGGGAGCUUAAAUGAACGUAAUGCUAAUGCAGGAGAGAAUAGCACUCGAAUAGCUUUAUCCAGCAGUGCAUUUAAUGUAAUAUUAUCAGCUAUUGAUGCUCUCAAAUCUUCCGGGCAGUUACCUAGGGGUCUAAAUCCAACGUUAAAAGAAAAGAAUAUCAAUGUAACUGAGAUUAAAAAUUCCAAUCAGCAGAUUACUAACAGAGAUAAUCAGCAAUAUAUAUCUCCUGGUUAUAAUCAAAUAUCAGGAAUUGAAGAUCCAGUACACAAUGCUUCCGUAGGUUCGACUGUAAACAAUACACCUUUGAUUACGAAAAUGGAGCAUCCUAACCCCUCUCAUCACCUGAACGUCUCAAGACCUGUUUAUGCUCCCGUGCCAAUAAACAGAGAAGGACUGAAUAAUAUCCCAAAUUCGCCUCAAAGAGGUGCUGAGUGUCACAAAAAUCAAGUCGUUUCAACGUCAUUUAAUCGGCAUGCGCAAAAUAAUCCUUCUUUAAAGUCACUUAUUAACCCAUAUGAACCACAAAAUAUAAUGCACCAACCAGCACCAGAUAACCUUACAAAUGAUGAGAAAAUAUUCGACGCGUACACCAUAUUUUCAAGACGCUGUGAACUUAAAAAAGCUCAAAAGCAGAACUGGAUAAAAACCCCAAGAUAUUUCAGGCGUGGAAUGAGGGGUGAAGUUAACCAGGGUUCAGGCACAAACUCCCAAUUCCACAAUCCAGCUGGAAGACGACUAUCUGCUAUUGCUGAUUUUCUAGGUGUUAAUGAACCACCUACCGAGAGAAAACGAGUUCCUACUUCAAACCACUUAGAAUCGCAUCCGGCCAGUACUUUACCUUACCAUUCGUAUUCCUCAAACACCUUUCAAUAUCCUUCAACUCUAAAUAAUCAUACAUCUUUUUCUCAACCUGUAUGCCCUCCCGUGUAUGCUAAUCAGUCUACUAACCAUAAAACCCCUUCGAUUCCACUCAAUCUAAUGAAUUUGCCCAGAUCAUUACCACCAUAUGCCACUCCUAAUUCGUAUACACCCACAAACCCACAUACCAAUAGUUCUUUUUGGCCUGUUCAUCUCAACCUUGAUUCAUCCGUACCAAGUGCCUCACAGUCAUUACAGUACUAUAAUUCUUCGUUUCUUCCUACAUUCAAGUAACUUCAUUUCAUUUGAUUUAUUUGGAGCGUCUACCCAGUGAUACUUAAACGGAUUAAGAACUUUGUAUAUAAACUAGUCACUAAAAAUGUUACGUAGCCAUGUACAUAGAAUUGAAUACAUUUUUAUCGAUUUG